AUGAACGCCCAGGAGCUCAAGCAGUACCUGGCUGAUGCCCCGCCUGCCGUCGUUAGACUCGAGAUCGCGAAGCACUUCGAGGCCCUGACAGACAAACAGAAGCGCUAUGCCCACUUCAUCAGCCAGGCUUCGUUUGCCGGUAAUCGGAUCGUGCUUCGCCAAGUCUCGCCCGAGUCGGAGCAUGUCUACGACUUUAUCAUUGCUCUCCACAAGGCCUCGGCCGGGAACUGGAAGGCUCUCGCCGAAAAGGCUGGUGUUGCCCAAGAUGGUCUCGUAGCCUUCCUUCAGUAUGCCGCACAGUUUCUGGGCAACAGCGGCAACUACAAGAGCUUUGGCGACUCCAAGUUCAUCCCUCGGUGCCCCGAGUCUGUCUUCGCCGCCCUCGCCUCGACUUCGCCCGACGCCGAGAAACACUACACAGCCACCAAGGGCGCCAUAUUCUCCUCCGACAAGCCUGGCCUCCUUCACCUAGGCUUCCCUGACGACGGCCACCUGACCACGUACUAUCCCGACUGCCCCGACAUCACCAAAGACGAGAUCGAAGCCGUCUCUAAGUGGAUGCAGGCGAAGGGCCUGCUUCCCGAAAACACCAGGCUUCGCAAGACCCAGGGACGCGUCUACGAGCUGCUGAUCGCGUCCGGGAAAACCAAUAUCCCCAGCGAAGGGGGCGAUAUUGGGGGCGAGACCGAGUACCAGGUCAGCGAGGGCCCGCUUGACGGUAAGACCAUCAAGUUGGUAUACGGCGACCACGCGCCUGAAAUGGAAGCCAUUGCCGGGUUCAUCAAAAAGGCGGCCGACAACGCCGAGAACGAAACGCAGGAGAAGAUGCAUCUUGCAUACGCCAAGUCUUUUGAUGACGGCUCUCUUUUAGCCUUUAAGGACAGCCAGCGGUUCUGGAUCCGCGACCAAGGCCCCAUGGUCGAGUGCAACAUUGGCUUUAUUGAGACGUACCGCGACCCAGCAGGGGUCCGUGGCGAGUGGGAGGGCUUUGCUGCAGUCGUUAACCUCGAGAGGACAAGGGCCUUUGGCGAACUCGUCCGGUCGGCACCGGCUCUGAUCCCCCUGCUGCCGUGGUCCAACGAGUUUGAGAAGGACAAGUUCCUCUCUCCUGAUUUCACCUCGCUUGAGGUGCUUACAUUCUGCGGCUCGGGCAUUCCUGCCGGUAUCAACAUUCCGAACUACGAUGACAUUAGACAGCAAGAAGGGUUCAAGAACGUGAGCUUAGGAAAUGUCCUGAGCGCCAAAGCGCCCGACGAGAAGAUUCCAUUCAUUCUCGAUAGCGACCUAGAGCUGUAUCAAAAGUACCGCGAUGCGGCCUUUGAGGUCCAGGUUGGGCUUCAUGAGCUUACAGGCCAUGGAUGCGGCAAGCUUCUCCAAGAGACGUCGCCCGAGGUGUACAACUUUGAUCACGAGAACCCCCCUAUCAGUCCCAUCAGCAACAAGCCCGUGACAACCUGGUACAAGCCCGGCCAGACAUGGGGCUCGGUAUUUGGUGGAAUGGCUGGCGCAUACGAGGAAUGCCGUGCUGAGCUGGUGGCCAUGUUUUUGAGCUGCGAAUUUGCUGCCCUGAAGAUCUUUGGCUUUGGUGAUGGCUCCGUAGACAUUGAUGGCGAGGCCGGCGACGUUCUCUACUCGUCAUAUCUCAGCAUGGCAAGAGCUGGUCUUGUAUCCAUCGAAUUUUGGGACCCUAGGUCUCAAAAAUGGGGACAACCUCACUGUCAAGCUCGGUUUGCCAUUCUCAAGGCUUUCCUAGAGGCAGAUGACGGGUUCUGCAGGUUGGAGUACGAGAAGGAGGAUCUGUCAGACCUGACUAUUCAUCUCGACCGGUCCAAGAUCCUGACCAGUGGCAGAAAAGCUGUGGGAGACAUGCUGCAGAAGAUCCACAUUUACAAAUCGACGGCCGAUGUCGAAGCGGGGACCAAAUACUUUAGCGACAUGUCCAAUGUCGGCCUGGAGUACUGGGGUACAAAAGUCCGCGAUGUUGUGCUCCAGAACAAGCAGCCACGAAAGGUGUUUGUGCAGGCUAACACGUAUCUCGACGAGGCUACUGGCAAGGUCUCGAUCAAGCAGUACGAGCCUACUAUCGAGGGCGUCGUCCAGAGCUGGGCCGAGAGAGGGCUGUGA